AUGGCUGGAUCUGACGUACUGAAUGAUUCUUGGAUCUGUAACAUUUCCGACUGGACAUUCGAAUUGUUCCCAAUUCCACCAGAAGAUUGCGCCCUGUGGCAGACCGUGGAAUCAGUAUUUGAAUUAGAAAAUGAAACAAAAACUGAAACGGUAGAUUCUGAGCUUACAUACUUACGAUUUCGGAACCUAAGUCGCUUUUGGAUUCAGCGAGUGUUUGUACCAAUAAUUUCUUUUGUCGGUGUCGUAGGAAACCUCUUGACCAUUGCGAUCAUGACCCGUCGACAUAUGCGCUCCUCUACCAAUAAUUACCUAACGGGCUUGGCCAUUUCUGACAUGUUGUACUUAGUAUGUAUUUUGAUCUUGUCUAUUGCUCACUACUCCGGCAUGACGGAUUUCCACCACAUUAAUUACUGGAGACUGUGGCCCUAUACUUUACUGCUGACUGAUGCCUGUAGUAACACUUCUGUGUGGCUGACUGUGACCUUUACAAUCGAGAGGUAUAUUGCCGUGUGUCACCCAAUCAAAGGAAAAGUAUACUGCACCGAGUCUCGCGCCAAAAAGGUGGUUAUAACUGUAGCUCUUAUUUGUUGCUGCUUGACCCUUCCGACCCCUUUCGAAUGGACUGUUAUAGAAGUCACUGAACCCCUUACUAACAAGACCACAGUACAGCCAACAUUUUCUGAACUUGGAAUGAAUAUACUUUACAGAAACGUAUACUACUGGUUAUGCGUGUCUUUGUUCGUCUUCAUACCACUUAUACUGUUGACUGUUUUCAACUUUUUCUUGAUCAGGUCCGUACGUGCUUCUAAAAUACAACGGAACACGAUGACCAGACGCCGAAACAAUCGGAAUUAUUCUCGACAGGAAAGCAAGAUUACCAUUAUGUUGAUUGCUGUUGUAGUCUUAUUUACGGUCUGCCAGCUGCCCACAGCUGUUCUCCUAGUGUACACCACAUUUCAUCCCCAAAUUCCCAUGACUCGUGGAUUAGGAAACAUCUUUAACUUCUUGAUGGCUAUUAAUUCCGCUGGGAACUUUAUUCUCUAUUGUGUUCUCAGUCAGCAAUAUCGACGAACUUUCUCGCAAAUAUUUUUUCCCUGUUUGAAGACUAGACUGGUCCGAUUACAUGUCGAUGAGAUGAUCCCUUCUCUGAUGCUACUCGUCAUCCUGGACACACUGGCGUUGUCGUCUACGUUGGAGUAG